AUGUUAUCAAAAAAAAGGAUAGUAUGUGGAAAUAAUAAACCGUUGAAGCGCCAAAAAAUGAGCCCACACCUGCCUAAUUCGCGUCUUCUAGGCAUCCAAUUGACUAUUUCAACACAUUCCGGACCACAAGUUGUCUAUCACUACCCGCCUGCUACCGUGGAACAUAUCUCAGAGAGGCAGCGUCAAAGGAACCAGAAAUCUGCAACACUUGACGACAGGUUAACGAAUGGAGUUACCGAAGAGAUCGAUAAGAGAAAUGGUAGCAUUGUGGCAACUUUAACAGGUCAAUCUCUUAGAUCUAAUGACAAUAGAACUAUUGGUGACGGAGGCAACAGCAGCCCCAAUGUUGAAAGCCCGCUAUCAUCUAGCCUUCAAAAUAGAGAGUCAAUGAUUCGAGAUCACCUAGAAGAAAACCAGAGUGGGCAGGAGCAAAGUUCAGAGUCAGAAUCUUCAGGUCUGAGCGAUAGUGAAAUAUCUACAGAUUAUGCGGAUUGCUCAAGUCUUUCGUCCUCUUCUUCAGACUCACUUAGUGAUCAUAACAUUAGCUCAAAUAAUACUCAUGUUGAAAAUACCAAUGAUGAUCGCAUUAAUUUUGAGUUUCAUAUUCCUGGUACGAUUGGCAACAGUGUCAAUUCUCGAGUCUCUCAAAAUUCUAGAAUGCUACGAUCAAAAAGCUCGCAAAUAAGCGCUGCAAGACUUUUAGAUAUAUUCAGCAAAGAUACACAGAACCGAAGAGAGUCGCGCGCUUCUAAAAUAUCAACAAGUUUAGCUGCUUUGAAGGAUGUAGAUGUGGAAGAACAAUCCGAGGAUGAUUUGGAGCUACUUGCAAUGUUAGAUAGUGGAGAAAUAUACAUGGAUGAGCAAUACUUUGACAAUGAUUUUUUUGUUGAUACAAGAAAAAUAUUUGGUUUUGAAAUUGAACUUGUAGCGGAAUUUUGUAGUCCUGAAAGAUCGAUGUGUAAUACGCGAUUCGAGUUCACUAUAGACCAAUUCUGCUUUUUAGGUCUCCCGAUACAUGUGGAUGCUGACGGAAAUUGGAGAAAGUCUAAAAAAAAGAGACGCAGCAGCAACAGAUCAAAAAGAUCUGGUAGCAUGAGUGCAAAAGACAGUCGAACACAUUCGCAUUCAUCAAAAGAACGAGAUAAACAUAUGGGACACAAUACGAAGAAACCUGUUCAAAAAGUACAAGAAGAAGUGGAAGAGUCAAAUGAGAAGACAACUGAUAAACAGACCAGUCAUUUGAAGGAUAGUUCUGACUUCAUUAAAGAUGAUCUCGAAAAAAAUAUGGAUAUGUUCCAUGUUUGUUUUAUUAUGAAUCCACCACUUGUAGAAUAUAAUGAAAGAGUAGAUGACAUGUUUCAUUACGUUGUUGCAAGGUUAUCUCUUUUUUUAAGAUAUGCAGAAGCUAAAUCCAAAUACGUUUCGACGCAGUGUAAUAUAAUUUUGAAGGAAAGGGAUAACGUUGUGAAAUUUUCAAAGACAUACAAGGCUAUCAGUGGUCCAGCACAAAGAGCCAAAUAUUUAUAUCAGAGAAUUUUGGCCAAGUCUUCUUUAGCCAGAGCUUUAACUACUUGUGUGGAAAAGAUUCAAAAGGAUGAAAUGGCUUGUUUAGAGAUUGGAGAUGAUAAAGUCAUCUCUUUGCAGAUUCCAAUUCAAAGUGAAUUUCGCGUUUUGCCCAAUAUCAAACUCGAUCCUGUGCUGCGAGGAUCUUAUUUAACUUCAAUUUUAAACAGUAAAUUCAUUGAGGCAUCGUCGUCUAGAGAAAAUGAGAAUGAUGGAUUAUUUGAGAAAGAAGAACAAGAUGACAGCGAUGAUUUACUAAACUAUGCAUUGAUCUUGCUGGACGAACCUGCCAAUAUAAUAGGGGACCUGGAAACCUUGUCGUCGGAAGAUGACAUAGGUAAUGUAAUUUUAACACAUUUAAUAAAGCAUGUUCAACCCUCAGUGCCGUUGAGAUCUUAUCAACAUGUUAUUAAUAGACUGUUAGGUACUACAAAUGAAAAUUCAGGCCUUGGUUCCCAAAGUUCUUUCGAAACAAGCAUGUUGCGCUCCUGUGCGUUGCAUUUAAUUUAUCAGAGACAUGCCAGAGUUAUAAUUCCGGUCAGCUCUAAGGGAACAUACAUUGUCUCACCAUUGGCACCAAUAAAAGGAUACUCAAAAAAUGAUUUUACGUCAACUGUUAGCUAUUCAGUACUCAAUGAUAAACCAUUGAUUUAUCAAAACCAGGAAAUUUUCAGUAGAAAAUUCCCUUCCUUACCUUCUUUGCCAUCUUUUCUGAACCUCUUGUCAAAUGGAAAACCAAGAACAUUCGGAACAAUAAUACCUUCAAAAGAUCAUAAGCCAAUUUACUUGAAGGCAUUGGUUUGGUUGAUAAGAUAUGGUUAUGUGACUCAAUUAUUAACGUUUGUAUGUAUAAGAGUCGACAAGCAGAUUAAAAUGGCUGUUGAAGAGGAUAUGGAAAAAGAAGCACCAAUUCUCUUUCAAAGCAAUACAAAACGCGAUCAUGCGGUGGUAGAUAAUGUUUCGAAAGGUCGUGAUAAUAGCGUCUCUGGAGCAGAUGCCCUUAAAACCUUUCAAGGAGUAACCUCAUUGAAUUAUCAAAGUGAAGAGGAAGAGGAAACCGAUUAUGGGUAUGAUGAUUUGAAUAUGGAGAGAGAUUAUACAAUUAUAUUAGAACCAGAAAGGGCCACAGCCGUUGAGAAAAGAUGGAUAAUCAAAUGUGUUCAAGACCAGCCAUCAGACGUGAGAAUAGUCUUCAACAAAGUUUUCAAGUACUUUAAUGGUAGAACACCAAUGGAAUCGAUUAUGAUUCGAGAGGGCAUCUCUAGGCACGAAUUAAAAAAAGUAAUCGUUUCUUUGGAUAAAUAUUUAAUAGAAUUUCACCAUUGGUAG